AUGGAAGCUCAAUUAGAGUGUCCUGUCUGCUUGACAAAGUACACAACGAAAUCUAAUCGCCCAAAGUCCUUACAUUGUGGACACAAUAUAUGCUGCGAGUGCACUUCUGGUUUAUUAUUAAAACCAAAGCCCUCAUGCCCAUUAUGUCUUCGAGAGAUAAUCAACAUUAAUUCUAUUGAGGAUUUAGGUGAUGCCUGAUUUAUCCUGGAUAGAUUGAAUUUUAUUGAGUUGGUAUGCCAAAAUCACCCUCAGCAAUUAGCUUCAUAUUUCAAUACUCAAGAGAUUUCUGCAUUGUGCUCUCAAUGCUCAGUUAGUUAUAACCCAAAAGAUCUUAUAGAUCUAGAAAUGACUGAUAUUGGGAAUUAUUUUAUAAAUUCUGCAAUCGAUUUACAAAUACAAAACCCUCAAAAAAUUCCUGCAAGCCAAAGACAAAAAUUCAGAGAAAUUUCUACCAAGCCAAACCAAGAAAAAUUACGCCUUUAUAAAGAAUUAUCAGGAUUAG